AAAUUAAAAUAAAAAUAAAUUAUAUCCAAAUACUUUAAUUUUAAUUUAAUUUUAAUUUUAUUCUUCAUAAUUUAUGUUAGAUAAAUACUUAGUUUAUUACGAAUAAAAAUAUUAGUCUUUACUCGGGCAAUAUUGACCAUUUGUCGUCAUUUAGUCCCUAACGCUUCCUUCACCAGCAGUGCCAACCCACCUCAAAGAGAUGGCUUUACUGUUCACCAUCAGCAGCCCUCCCACUACUCGUCUUUACCUUCAUUCAUCCUCUACUUUUGGUCACCCAGUCUCCAGGUUCUGCAACAAUCCCAUCGCUUUGCAAACGAAGUCUUAUGUCAAUUACUAUAUUCAAGCACCCUUUAUCUUCAAAGAGAAAAGUGUCUUGUUUGUUAAGGUAGCUACUGAUGUUGAUAACGGGGAUUCUAAUAACACGGAGAGCGAUGAGGAAAGUCUGUCUCUUGAUAACCUGCCAUUGGAAUCUAAGCUUCAACUGAAGCUUGAACAGAAGAUGAAAAUGAAGUUUGCGAAGAACAUCAAACUACGAAGGAAGAAACUAGUUAGGAAGCGCCGCCUUAGGAAGAAGGGGAGAUGGCCACCUUCAAAGUUGAAGAAGAACAAGAAUGUGUAGUCUUAAUUUCCUUCUAUUGUCACAAAUUCGCAAUUCGCUUGCCUUGACGGCAAUUUCUUCAAACUUGUUCAUAAAAAUACAAGGAUAAAUGAGCUUCUGAACUGUGAGUUUGUACUUGUUUAGUUGAUACUUCAUAGACAAGUCUCUUUUUAUUCCUUAGUCAAACCCACUAUUAAUUGGAUUGGCAUAUCCUUGUUCUAAUAUGAUUGGUCUCAUGAUA